AUGGCCAAUCAACCUGAAUCCUCCGAUGCUAAGGGAACUAAGAGGGAUUUUAGCACUGCGAUCCUGGAACGCAAAAAAGCUCCUAAUCGUUUGGUUGUUGACGAAGCUGUCAACGAUGAUAACUCCGUUGUUGCUCUUCAUCCCGAGACGAUGGAGAAGCUUCAACUCUUUCGUGGUGACACUAUCUUGAUCAAGGGUAAGAAAAGGAAAGAUACUAUCUGUAUUGCACUUGCUGAUGAUACAUGUGAGGAGCCAAAAAUAAGAAUGAACAAGGUUGUGAGAAACAAUCUUAGGGUUAGGCUUGGAGAUGUUGUUUCGGUGCAUCAAUGCGCUGAUGUCAAAUAUGGAAAGAGAGUUCACAUUCUUCCUGUGGAUGAUACUAUUGAAGGAGUGACGGGGAAUCUAUUUGAUGCAUACUUAAAACCUUAUUUUCUGGAGGCAUAUAGACCAGUGAGGAAAGGUGACUUCUUCCUUGUGAGAGGAGGGAUGAGAAGUGUAGAAUUCAAGGUUAUUGAAACUGAUCCACACGAGUACUGUGUUGUUGCCCCUGACACAGAGAUCUUCUGUGAAGGAGAGCCAAUUAAAAGGGAAGAUGAGAAUCGAUUAGAUGAGGUUGGUUAUGAUGAUGUUGGUGGUGUAAGAAAGCAGAUGGCACAGAUUAGGGAACUGGUGGAACUGCCUCUGAGGCACCCACAGUUAUUUAAGUCUAUUGGUGUCAAGCCACCAAAAGGGAUUCUAUUGUAUGGACCCCCUGGAUCUGGAAAGACUUUAAUUGCCCGAGCAGUUGCAAAUGAAACAGGUGCCUUCUUUUUCUGCAUUAAUGGCCCUGAGAUAAUGUCAAAACUUGCUGGUGAAAGUGAAAGCAAUCUAAGGAAGGCAUUUGAGGAAGCAGAGAAGAAUGCUCCAUCCAUCAUCUUUAUUGAUGAGAUAGAUUCCAUAGCUCCUAAGCGAGAGAAAACUCACGGUGAAGUUGAGAGAAGGAUUGUUUCCCAGCUAUUGACUCUCAUGGACGGUCUUAAAUCACGUGCACAUGUAAUUGUCAUGGGAGCCACAAAUAGGCCCAAUAGCAUUGACCCUGCACUUAGGAGGUUUGGAAGGUUUGAUAGGGAGAUUGAUAUUGGUGUUCCAGAUGAAAUUGGACGCCUUGAGGUUCUUCGAAUUCAUACAAAGAAUAUGAAACUUGCUGAAGAUGUUGAUUUAGAAAAGAUUGCUAAAGAAACACAUGGUUAUGUUGGUGCUGAUUUAGCUGCAUUGUGUACUGAAGCAGCACUUCAAUGCAUCAGAGAAAAAAUGGAUGUGAUUGACUUGGAAGAUGAGACAAUUGAUGCCGAAAUAUUGAACUCCAUGGCAGUGACAAACGAGCAUUUUGCUACUGCUCUUGGAUCAAGCAAUCCUUCUGCUCUCCGUGAAACGGUUGUUGAAGUGCCUAAUUGCAGCUGGGAAGAUAUUGGUGGUCUUGAAAAUGUUAAGAGGGAACUCCAGGAGACUGUUCAAUAUCCAGUGGAACACCCUGAAAAGUUUGAGAAGUUUGGAAUGUCUCCUUCAAAGGGAGUUCUUUUCUAUGGUCCUCCUGGUUGUGGUAAAACACUUUUGGCAAAAGCUAUUGCCAAUGAAUGCCAGGCAAACUUCAUCAGUAUCAAAGGUCCUGAGCUGCUCACAAUGUGGUUCGGAGAAAGUGAGGCAAAUGUGAGGGAAAUUUUUGACAAGGCUCGUGGUUCUGCUCCAUGUGUCCUAUUCUUUGACGAACUUGACUCCAUUGCAACUCAGAGAGGUAGUAGUGUAGGAGAUGCUGGGGGUGCAGCUGACAGAGUUUUGAACCAGCUGCUAACAGAAAUGGAUGGGAUGUCAGCAAAGAAAACUGUGUUCAUCAUUGGUGCCACUAACCGACCAGACAUUAUUGAUCCAGCUCUUCUGCGUCCAGGGCGUCUAGACCAGUUGAUUUAUAUUCCUCUCCCAGAUGAAGAUUCCCGUCAUCAGAUAUUUAAAGCUUGCUUGAGAAAAUCCCCCAUCUCAAAAGAUGUUGAUAUUAGAGCUCUUGCGAAGUACACCCAAGGCUUUAGUGGUGCUGAUAUUACUGAGAUUUGCCAGCGUGCAUGCAAGUAUGCCAUUAGAGAGAAUAUUGAAAAGGACAUUGAAAAAGAGAGAAAGAGGAGCGAGAACCCUGAAGCCAUGGAAGAGGAUGUUGAUGAUGAAGUAGCGGAAAUUAAGGCAGCUCAUUUUGAGGAAUCAAUGAAAUAUGCCCGAAGGAGUGUAAGUGAUGCAGACAUUCGCAAAUACCAGGCAUUCGCCCAAACAUUGCAGCAAUCCAGAGGGUUUGGAACUGAGUUUAGGUUUGCGGAUUCCGGGUCCAGUGGUGCUGCUGCUGCAGGUGCAUCUGAUCCAUUUACAUCUGCUGGCGGAGCCGAUGAUGAUGAUCUUUACAGUUAG